AUGGUGGUUGCUGCUCUGGUGGCGACCACAGUGAACGCCAGAAUCCCCGGAGUUUACACUGGAGGUCCAUGGGUCAACGCUCACGCCACUUUCUACGGAGAAGCUGAUGCUUCCGGCACUAUGGAGUCAAUAUACAAUUCUUUCAAUCAACUACUCUCAUCAUUCUCUAAUAGAAAGUAUACCAAGGGAGGUCAAGGUGUAAAGAAGAAUAUCUCUCCUCCUCUUGAAUGGUACAACGUUCCUCAAGGUACCAAGUCGCUAGCCUUGGUGGUUGAGGACAUAGAUGCUCCUGAUCCUAGUGGACCGCUCGUGCCGUGGACUAUUUGGGUGGUCGUCGACAUUCCGCCCGAUAUGAAAGGUUUGCCUGAAGGAUUUUCCGGCAACGAUGAGCAGGACGUUGCUGGUAUUCGAGAAGGGAAUAACGAUCACAAGAUCCCGGGAUGGCGUGGCCCUCUCAUGCCUAGUCACGAUCAUCGUUUCCAGUUCAAGCUCUUUGCUCUCAGCGAUAAACCCAAUCUUGGUCACACGGUGACAAAAGAGAGAUUGCUCGAUGCGGUUGAUGGGAUUGUGAUCAGAGAAGCGGUUUUGACAUGUUUUGUUUGAAUACUUUCGAAGUCUCUAUGUCGUUUGUGUGUUGUGUUGCGGCUUCUUAAUGACUCGAAUGUACACUCUAAUAAAGAAUAAACAAGGGCUAUUUGUUCA